AUGGCGUCUCCAGUCACCACGAACGGUAAAGAGCCAUUGGUUAGGAAGCAGAAAAAGAGUUUGUCCCUUCCUCAUGAUGUGUUAGUAAGCUGCUUAGCCCAUGUCUCGAGAUUGCACUAUUCGAUUCUCUCCUUAGUUUUGAAGAACUUCCGAUCACUCAUUGCUUCUCCGGAGCUUUACAAGACUCGCUCACUCUUAGGUCGUAUAGAGAGUUGUCUUUAUGUCUGCUUACGUUUCCCCAAUGAAUCUCAUCCACGUUGGUUCACUCUCUACAUGAAACCUAAUCAAAUCGUAGCCAAUAACAAGUCAAAUUGUAAUCUUUUGGUCCCAACUCCAACUAUAAGUUCUUCUCCUGCGCACUGGUUAUGUCUCAUAGCGGUUGGUUCUAGGAUUUAUUAA